CUUCAGCCCAGCCCAAUUUGUAUAUUUUAAUUAGUGUAGGUAUAGAUUUUUUUAGGGUAAUUCUAAAUACAAACACCUAUUUACUAAGUGCAGCCCAUUAUUUUUCGUAAUACCUAUAGUACCCUUAAUAAAUACAAGUUUACAACACAACUGUUUUCCUUGACUCUCGUAUCACAAGGCCAUCUUCAGAAUGGAUAGACGAACUAAGUGGCAGCUCCACUUCCAGAAAGCUAGAUAUGAGAUUGGACUCAGGACCUAGCCAUACCCAAAGCCUCGUUAAUCGCUAUCGGUGUGUCCUCUGGCGCAAUUGUCAAGCUCUUCCCCUCUUUGCCGGAGUUGUUGUUGUGCGGUGGCCGGUGGGUGCAGUCGUGCAGAGACACAUGGUGCGGUGGUGCAGUCUGUGAUGAAGACUGGUCAGCUCUUGCUUUAUCGAUAGAAAAGAAUACGGAGUAUAUUAGUCGGUGGUGCAGUAUGUGAUGAAGGGUAAAUUUGUAAAACUAACUAAUUUGUUUUAAACGGAGGCUGCAGUUAGUAAAAAAUGGUGUGUAUUUAGCCCAUUUUUUUUAUCAGCCCAUCCCAAAAUUUAUUCCCUGCCCAAAAUUUAUUUCCAGUCCCAGCCCACAGCCCAAAGCCUCAAUAUUCAACUUCCUAGCGAACGCGAAAGAACAAAGACGGAGGCACAAGCGAGCUCUGCUACGAAGCGCGAACACCAUCAGCCGCGCCGCGUUCCGCCGUCCACGCCGCGCCGCGUUCCGCCGUCCACGCCGCGCUUCCAGCCAUCCAGGGGACUGCGUCGUCGCCCACUUGGCCGUCCUUCCUCUCUGGCCUCUGCCUCCAGCUCUGGCGCAGUUCGGUGAAGCCCUCAUAGAAUAGGCGGCAGAUAAUCUUCAUGGAAUCGGCGACAGCGGCGAAGCCUAAAGGUCGACAGUGCGUUAUCUGUAACGAAAGACGCGCCGCCCUGAAACGCCCUAAAAACCUUCAACCUAUAUGUAGGGAAUGCUUCUACGCAGCUUUUGAAGAGGAGAUCCACAUGGUUAUCGUGGACAACCACCUCUUCAAGCCCGGCGAACGCAUCGCAAUUGGUGCUUCCGGUGGAAAAGAUUCUACGGUGCUUGCAUAUGUCUUGUCAGAGCUGAAUCAAAGGCAUAACUAUGGACUUGAACUCUUCCUUUUAUCUGUGGAUGAAGGCAUCACUGGAUACCGGGAUGAUUCUAUUAAAACUGUUAAAAGAAAUGAAAUUCAGUAUGGACUUCCACUAAAAGUUGUUUCCUAUAACGAGUUGUAUGGGUGGACAAUGGAUGAAAUAGUAAAGUUGAUAGGUCUGAAGAACAACUGCACUUUUUGUGGCGUUUUUCGUCGCCAGGCCCUUGACCGAGGUGCUGUUUUACUGAAAGUGGACAAGUUAGUAACUGGGCAUAAUGCUGAUGAUAUAGCAGAAACAGUCCUUUUGAACAUUUUGCGUGGGGAUAUUGCCAGGCUGAGUAGAUGUACAUCUGUAAUUACUGGGGAAGAUGGACCGAUUCCAAGAUGCAAGCCUUUCAAGUACACCUACGAGAAGGAAAUUGUUAUGUAUGCGUACUUUAAAAAGUUGGAUUACUUCUCCACUGAGUGCAUUUACUCUCCAAAUGCAUACCGUGGCUUUGCUCGUGAGUUUAUUAAGGAUUUAGAGAGAAUCAGGCCACAGGGCAUACUGGAUAUAAUAAAAUCUGGUGAGGACUUCAGGAUCUCAACAUCCACAAAAAUGCCAGAACUAGGAAAUUGUGAACGGUGUGGUUAUAUUUCAAGCCAGAAAUGGUGCAAGGCGUGUGUUUUGCUGGACGGGCUAAAUCGGGGCUUACCCAAACUGGGCAUUGGCCGUAGUCGAUGACUAAGCAAUAAUCUGCAAUAUCGAGAAUGCAAAUGGAGAAAAUGGGACCACAAAUUUGCAUAGAAAACAAUGUGGUGGUAAAUUGGAAGUCUAAUACCAAAGUUUUUGCUCGGUAUUUGUUUAUUAUUUCUAUAAUUAACAAUAGAAAGAGAUCAAUAUGAAAAAACCACAAUAUUUGUGCGCCUCAGAUUUGUAACCCCAUCCCUACCUCCUCCAACUAUCUCUACUAUUCAAAUUUCGUCAUUUUGACAAUCUCUUCAUAGUCCAUAGAUACUCCCACAGUCCCACCAUGCAGAGUAACUAAUCCACAUAAAAUGUGCUAGUACUCGAGAAACUCUAAGCGGGGCGGGGGGAUAAGAGGACAAACUUCGACUGUAUACUUGUUUUAUUUCACUUAUUUGUAUCUACAUGUUGAAAUCUAUGUUCAAGUGUGGCUUCACCCCUCAUGCUGGAUCCUGUCAUAGCGACAUAGACUCAUAGCUUGUCAAAGCUCCUGUGUUAUGUUUAUCUGGUAUGUUAAAUGUCAUAAAGGCACCCAAAACUGUAAUAAUAAAUUCACACAUUCACUGUCAU